UCCCACCGAUUUAUUAUAGUUCUAAUUACAUGAAAGAUUAGUAAGUCAGUAACGUCUUUCGUCAACAAAGAUGAAGGUGCUUUCCGGAACGAGAAAUUCGGCUGUUCGCUGUUUACUGUUAUAUCACCAACAAACCGCGUCCAGUAAAAUUUACAAGCGAUGGAAAUCCAACGUCGUCGGAUUUAUUGGUCUAGGAAAUAUGGGUAUUCCAAUGGCCAAAAACUUAUUGAAAAAUGGCUAUCAAUUAUUUGGUUAUGAUAUAAGUGCCAAUAGAAUGGAAAUAUUUCGACAAGAAUCACAUGGAUCAGCCCAAACUGGGAAUACUCUUCAAGAAGUGGUUGCUAAUACUGAAGCAGUAGUCACAAUGUUACCUGAAUGUACUCAUGUCCUUUCAGCAUAUUCUGUUUUACUUGAAUCACCAAAAAAAAAUCAAGUUUUUAUUGACUGCAGUACAAUCAGUCCGGACACAUCUAAAAAAGUAGCAGAAAUGGUUGAGAGUAAAGGAUGCAAGUUUUUAGGAGCUCCUGUUUCAGGAGGAGUAGUUGGUGCUGUUAAUGGCACACUUACCUUUAUGGUUGGCGGAGAUAAAGAUACUCUUGUAGCCCAUCAAUGUUUAUUUAAUGCUAUGGGUUCAAGAACUAUUUAUUGUGGAAAUCAUGGAUCAGGUCUAAUUGCCAAAAUAUGUAACAAUAUGAUUCUAGGAAUGUCUACUGUAGCUGUGGCUGAAGCCAUGAAUUUAGGCAUAAAAUUGGGACUAGACCCUAAGCUUUUUGCAUCAGUGAUCAAUACUAGCUCAGGUAGAUGUUGGGCAUCUGAAGUAAACAAUCCUGUACCAGGAGCUCUCGAAAAUAAUUGCCCAAGCAACAAUGAAUAUAAAAAUGGGUUUAAAGCUGAUUUACUAUUAAAAGACAUGAACCUAGGAAAAACUCUAGCAAAUAAUUCACAUGUACCAAUACCAUUAACUGACAAGACAGUAGAGAUGUAUAAUGCUUUGUCAUCAAAAGGAUUGGGCGAUAAAGAUUUUUCAGUUGUCUACAAAUAUUUAAAGGAUUUAUAAAUUUGAAUUUUAAUCCAGAGCAUUUACAUAAAAUAAACAGAAAAAAAGCAAAUUACAAUCAAUUUAUUUUAAUUAUUUUUUAUUGUACAUACACAUAAUACAAAUAAAACAUUGUUAUAGUCUACUAGUUAAA